AUGUCCAGUCAGAAGAGAAGAAAACUUUGGUCCUUGGCUGCUCGGGCAGCAGUGAAAUGUCCCGAUGACGCAGAGAAAGCAGUGAUAGACAGCCCGUCCAUCUCUGUCCCGAGCAAGGAUUCGCUUGUGAAGACACAGGACUCUGGGGUAUCUGUUGAUUUGCAGGCUGACCCAAUGCAAGUUACCGGAGCAUUCACGUCAUUCUAUGCUUCUACAAAUCCCGUCAGCUUUGACAAGGUCUUUCAUUCUUUGGACAAACAUGCUGUUGGACAGGAUCCUUCUUCGUUUCGGUUUCCUUCACGAUAUAGCAGCUCCGGUGCUGUUCGCAGUGCAUUACCCAAAAUUUCCGAUCCAUUUCCGCGACCGGGUGACGUAGCCCGAUUGGGUCAGAGGCCCCACAGACGCAUUCUCAAUCCCAUCAGACGUGUUGCUGGAAAUAGGGUGUUGGACAGUGCCGAUUCUUCUGGGAUCGGCAGCAGUCUGGACUGGGCUUCCAUGGAUGUUGGCCAACCUAAUCCAGGUCGACAUCUGAGUGCCACACUCAUUCCACCCAUCUUUCCUGUAAAUAUACCUAUUUCAACCAGGAGUUUUGAUGAAACUUUUAGUCAACGAAAGGAUAUGCGCCCAUUUCCAAAACUCCCCGACAAUCCUGUUACCAACUUUGUGGGAACAGCACAUCACUCGUACCACAGAUUGGGUUUAUCGAUGGACAGUUCCCCAUAUUUCAGACCAGAAGAGAUAAAUCCUCGUGUGCAACUGGAAUCCGUCGACGGAAGAGUGGAUCCACUUUCCGGCUAUUGGUAUACAACGCGUAGGCAAAGUCGUCCUUUCUCACCAGUUCUAAGACGAACAACUCCUCAAGAGUCUGUUGGACAUCGAAUGUUUCGAAGCUUGGACCAGUCGCAAGUUCCCACGGAGUAUGCCCCAUGUCUGACGACACCAAGAAAAGUUCACCCUGGGGUUUUGGGUCCAUGUGUUGAUAUUCCAUUGGGAAGCGGACCGUCAAUGCCAUAUAAUGCCAAUGUUUCUUCUAUACAACACCAUGCUCCGACCUACCACGCGAAACCCCGGUGGUCACGUGAUCCAACCGCGUCAUUUGACACGGUUGCCGCACCAAAACUCUGUACCCGAUAUUCGACAGGUUACCUGUUUGAUCCCGUCAACAGGAGAAGUUUUUUCACUCGCCGAUCCAGAACUCUUGAUGAGGCCAGUGUUCACCACACAAACACUGUGAGUGAUUGCCGAUUGCACCACAAAAAACAUGUGAUGUACCCUGUACCGCCCCCGACGGACGAAUAUGACCUCUUUCGCUCAGAGUCCCCUUUCAGUCCUUGGCCGGAAAAAAACAGAUCGGCAUCAAAUGCUUUCCUACUACGACCGCAGUUGUCCACAGACCGGCUGACAUUCAGAGGAUUAGAUGACCGACAAGGGUCGCCCGAAUUUACAGCCAGCACUGCGGCCCCGAUGAAACUAGAAUUAUCAGGUGAUUACCACACACGCGACUCCGUUUGGUGGGUAGAUCGGAAGCAAAGGGACCCAUCAUCUUGGAGACAUAUACCUAGUGAACUACCAUCCGAAGUCAAACAAAAAGAUACCAAACCGUCAAAAAGCAAAGUUUUUUCAGCAUCCUAUCAACCUGGGAGUAAAAGGCAUUUUGAAGCGAUUGCUUCUCAUCAGACAGAAGGCAGUCCUCCUUCAUACAGAGCUACCAUUCAAAAAGUUGGCGGGUAUGGUUCGGCAACGCCACGCAUUACGGAGGAGAGUCCGGCAGACAGCUCUGGGCAACAGUGGUGUUCCAAGCAAAAACCUCCCGCGGAACCCUCACCCCCACCUUCCUCCAUGGCGAGAGGCUCCUGCAUACGAUCCAGUAGUAUCGAUCGUCCUCUGAUUAUUCCGGACUAUACCAGUACGCACGUCACUCCAUCGCAACGAUUUGUUGCUCGAGACCGCGCAACAGAGCCACGCAAGCCUUCAACAAAGUCCAAUUUUGAACAAACGCACACCUAUGAACAGGAACCCAGGGAAAAGCUGCUCAGGUCUCCAAAACAUCGCUUGAGCGCUAGAAGAGGUCUUCAUCCACUCAAAGAUGAGGAUCAGACCUUGUCUUUCAACGCCGAAGACGAAGAAAUGGCUCGAGUGGACCUGUUGGCAGAUGACGCUUUGGAGAAGGAAACGCCAACUUUCAUCGAAGUUCAAACUCCAGUUGAAACCUACUAUCCGAGCACAUCAUCUCGUAAAGGAGAACGCUAUUCUUCCCACGGCCUGCCAUCUAGGAUGACUGUGAUAAACUAUUCACAACCAUCAAUUCGCCUGACGGCUGCCGAAAUGAAUGAAUUUGCAGAAUAUUGGGACCACUGUGUUUUUACAAAGGCCCGAGUGGUUGCGGUUUGUCUGGCCGGUGUCGCUUCAGUUUGCCUGAUAUGCGCAGUGGGCGCCAAUACAUGGAUAUACCAAGGAAGUGAUUUCCUGAAUGAGCAUCUGGAGGUUUUCGCCUCUCUCAAGGACUGCGGUAGACUACCAUUCAGUCCGCUCCCCGAUGAUGGCGCUCACGAUGCCCGAUUUCAGUCCACAGCUCUUCGAUUCUCUCCUUAG